AUGUCGUAUACACCGACCUCAUACUACGGCCAUUCGGUCAAGGAUCGCACGUCCGAGUUCCACGGGCUGAUCGAGUCCAUCGGAUCGAGAUCCGCUCAGCCGGCAAAACAGAAGCUGCUGAAUGGCAAUGGGCCAGGGGCGUCGCCGAAAGGAGAGUUCGCACGGAGAGCGCAAGCCAUCAGCAAGGAUAUCGCCUCUACAACGGCGAAACUGCAACGUCUAGCACAGCUGGCCCGCCGCAAGACGCUAUUCGACGACCGACCGGUGGAAAUCUCCGAAUUGACCUACAUCAUCAAGCACGACAUUGCUGCGAUCAACAAACAGCUAGCGGACCUGCAAGCGUUCAACAAGGCCAACAAGACGGGCAAGGCGGACCGAGCUGAGGAGCACCGCGGCAAUGUAGUCACCCUCCUCCAAUCCACGCUUGCCGGAGCGACAACUUCGUUCCAAGACAUCCUCGAGGUGCGCACGCAAAACAUGAAAGCGUCGAAGGACCGCAGCGAGCAAUUCAUGUACAAUUCCGCAGCGGGUGGCCUUGCGCCAGGGGAAAACUCAGUGCUUCGUUCUCGUGGCAAACCGACAACAGAUUCUCCCUUGUACAAUCCGACACGGAGUGGGUCGGCGAUGGCCCACCGUGCGGCACCGUCGCCGCUCAACCCGGCGAUGCAGCAGUCUGCCUCGACGGACGGCUACGAUCCCAAGGGCAAAGGCAAAUCGAAUGGGGAUGGCGACUUCCUAGCGCUCGACAUGGGCUCUUCGCUCCCUGGCCCAGGCGGAGCCGCAGGCGGAGACCAGUUCAUGCAGAUGCAACUCAUGGAGACCAACCAGAACACCUACAUGCAACAACGCUCCACCGCCAUCGAAUCCAUCGAAUCCACCAUCUCGGAACUCGGCCAGAUCUUCAGCCAGCUCGCCCACAUGGUGGCCGAACAGCGCGAGACGGUCCAGCGCAUCGACGAUAACGUCAUGGAGGUGGUGGACAACGUAGGGGGCGCGCAACGGGAGUUGUUGAAGUACUACGCGAGCGUCAGCAGCAAUCGCUGGUUGAUGUUGAAGAUCUUUGGUGUGCUGAUUGUGUUUUUCCUGCUCUUCAUCCUGGUCUCGUAG